CCCGAGGUUCCGGUAUCCGCACCACAUCGCCACUGCUCUUGCCUUAGCCAGAGCCAGUGAGCCCUAGAGCUCCACGACGUUCUUUUCACCCCCUGCAGAGAGAGACCAUGCCGAGACCCCGGAAGAGACCAGCUGGGGCUGCUGGCCCAGAAAAGAAGGGGCAAUCAGAAAAACGUACCAAAUUUGAGAACUCAGGUGAGGCAUCAGCAAAAGUGGAGAACUCCAGCCCUCAAAAGACUUCAGUCUUUAAAAACUGUGGGAGGAAUCUAAGCAACUACUGGCUGAUGAAAUCAGAGCCAGAGAGCCGACUAGACAAAGGUAUAGAUGUGAAGUUUAGCAUUGAGGAUCUCAAAGCACAGCCCAUGCAGACAGCAUGCUGGGAUGGUGUUCGUAACUACCAGGCACGAAACUUCCUUAGAGCCAUGAAGCUGGAGGAAGAAGCCUUCUUCUACCAUAGCAACUGCAAAGAACCAGGCAUUGUAGGACUUAUGAAGAUUGUAAAGGAGGCUUACCCAGACCAUACACAGUUUGAGAAAAACAGUCCCUAUUAUGAUCCAUCCAGCAAAGAGGACAACCCCAAAUGGUCCAUGGUAGAUGUACAGUUUAUUCGAAUGAUGAAGCGUUUCAUCUCCCUGGCUGAGCUUAAAACCUAUCACCAAUCUCACAAGGCUACUGGUGGCCCCUUAAAAGAUAUGGCUCUUUUCACUCGCAAGAGGCUCUCAGUCCAGCCCCUGACCCAAGAAGAGUUUGAUUUUAUUUUGAAUCUGGAGGAAAAGGAACCAAGUUAACUGAAACAGUAUUGCUGGAAUGGACAAACCAUUACUCUAAAGAUGGCGAGGUUUUAUUAGACAAAGGAUGGUGUGUGAAGGCUUGUGUGUGCAUUUACCUGAGAUCAUGUACACAGAUUUUUUUUUCCCCCUACUUCUUUCAAUAAAACAUUUAAUGUCAAAUUUGGAAAGCUUUUCUUCUAAAACUUAAGUGGGUAUAGUGGAAUACACCACUGCAGAAGAUCUCUUACUUCCAUGCUAUCUCCCUUUGUCACUUGGAAGACCCAAGGCACAUCUACCAUCUGCCUUUAUUGUUGUGCAUAGUUAUAUAGCAGAUAGCAGGAUUUAGGGCUGAGUCCCUUGGUCAGUUACACCCUCUAAAACGUGGGGUUUCACAAUACCAACCUUCUUCGCCUGCCUCUUUUAAGUGCUCUGGGUCCUACAGCAGUUCUUAACCAAGAACUUAUUCUAAAGUAGGUGGUUAGUAAAGUGCUCAGCAUUGCUCACUAGGGGUUCUAUUCUGAGAAGAUGCUGUAUUGGAAUUAGGGUGGACAUCUACCUUUCCUGAAGAUAGGAGUUGGGCAGUGUAAGACAGAAAAGACCACAGAACCUGGUGGACCUUGGGCACAAUGCCUCCAAAGCCACAGGGGCUUCCUUUAAUUAGACCAUUAAAACAAGUGUUCUUUUAAAAUACAGCCAUUGAAAAGACAACACAUUAAGAAACAUGUAAACACUGCAGCUUCUUAAUUACAAGUUGCACUGCUUGGUUUAGUACCUAUGCACUCCCAGGUUUGGGGACCUUAAAGGAGGGGGACAGGAGACCCCUCACUUUCACAAAUGGCAGAGAAUAGAGAAUGGGGGAAAAGACAGAGAAAAUAAGACCUGGCUUGUGCACAGCUCCUGAGAGAAAGCAAAUUCUAUCUUCUAAUUCUCCCAGAAGGAAGGUUGAAGAUGUUAGGAAAAGUUGGGAAAUGAAUUUGUGUCAUCAGUUGGGAAGCAGAGGAAUUGACAAGUGCUUUUUAAUUAGAAUACCAGCUAUUAAAGGGAGGCACACCAGAGCCCAAUCUCAUACUCUGAAAAAGGCAAGAGCACAGAAUCUGCCUCUCUGCUUAAGCCUCAACCUUGACAAUCCAAGGGCAGCUGGAUGGGAAUGCUGUUCACAUGGGGAUUGUAUGUCGCACCUGAACUCAGGGUCUGGCAUGGGGGAAACAAAUUUGCCUUCUUUGAUUCUGCUGCCACCUGUCAACCACAUGUCAUCCCAAAUGUCUUCCCCUCAUCUCAACUCUGAUCCAUGGGCCCUGCCCAGUCAAGGCCUAAGAUUGCACAUAUUUCUGAAAAAAACAAGGAUUCCCCUUUUUCUGCACUAACUGAAACAUGAGAUAGGAACGAAAUUCUCUACUGUCCAAAUAACAAAGAACUCAGGCCACCAAAUAUUGACCAAUGGGAUCUGGUUGGUCUUUCUGUAAAGGGAAGGGAAGCCAACAGAAGAGUAAUUCCUGGUCAUCCCCAGUGAGGCAGAAAAGACAGUGACUAUUUUAACUACUAUAGGCCGAAGCAUAGAGCAACAGGAAAAUCUGCCCCUUUCUUUAGCAUAACUACAUCCACCAGAGUUUUUAAUAUUUGUGUUUUUAAACAAACAAACAAAAAAAAAACCAGUGAUCCUAAACUUAGGUCAGUGAACUGGUGAUGACAAAGAUGUAACUUGGCAAGCAAAUUACUGAAGUUUGUGGCAUCAGAGUCUGCUAUUGGGGCCCUCAUCUCCCUUAUCUUGUAGGUGAUGAGGAGUGAAGGAUCUUGGGGUGAAAGUAAGAACAAAAUUUCAAAGUGUUUGAAAUCAAGCCCCAAUUCUUAGAAGUUGGAUAGAGACAAGGAGUGAUGAGGGUCCACUGUUA